AAACAACAUGGCGAUUCACGAACUGGCCCUGCUAACCGACUGACCAAACACCGCGCUAUCCGACCUCCAGACUGCGCUUCUCCUCAGCGCCGUACGCCGCACCGUGCGGAAGCCCUAUCGGAGCUCUAACGGACUGUCAAGUUCGCGGCGAAACGACAAAAAGCUGGACCGAGGAAGUGUCAGGAGGACCGUCUGACAGCCUAACGGCCCUUUUCAGUCUAUGGGCUCUCAGUCCAGUUCUGGGAUGUCUGGUGGAAGGGGCUCUUCCAGUGGCAACCCAGCUGAGCAGUCUGAAGGAGCAGAACCGAACCAGAGCAGCAGCAGCAGCCGAGGCCGCAGGACGGCGGACAGGCAGCAGGGAGACAGACAGUCGUCAUCAGAGGAGGACGUUGACUUAGCUGAAGUACUGGCUUACCUACUGAGGAGGGGCCAGGUCAGGCUGGUCCAUGGCAGCGGAGCCACGGGGCUGCAGCUGGUCCAGUCCUACUCUGACUCUGAUGAGGACAGUGAUGGAGCAUGGGAGGGACGGCUGGGUGACCGCUACAAUCCACCAGUGGACACCCAACCCGACACGCACGAAGUGGAUCGGAGUGAGAUCCGAACUCAGAUCCUGCUGGCCACCGCCUCCUCUGCCUUGAAAGGCCGUCACAGUUUCACCCACAUGCUAACAGAGAGGGAACAAGGCAGAUGUAGAGGUUCCAGUUUUUCCCAUGGAGAGUGCAGUCGUAUCCGUACACAUUUCCUGCCAAACUAUGUGUCCCACAAGGAUACAUACCAGCAGAAAGCCUUCUGCGGAGUGUACAGCGAGGAUGGCAACAUGUUCCUCUCUGCCUGCCAAGACCAGAACAUCCGCUUAUAUGACACCACUAGGGGACGGUUUCACCUGCGGCGAACAGUGAAGGCCCGUGACGUGGGCUGGAGUGUGUUGGACGUCUGUUUCACCCCCGACGCUCACCACUUGCUCUACUCCAGCUGGUCUGACUACAUUCAUUUGUGCAGUAUAGAUGGAGACAGUGAAAACCACACCGCCCUGGACCUCAAUCCAGAUGAGAGGAGGUUCUGUGUGUUCUCACUGGCUGCGUCCACAGAUGGCAAAGAGAUCCUGGGAGGAGCAAAUGAUGGCUGCCUUUACGUUUUUGAUCUUGAUCAGAACAAACGAACGCUGAAGAUUGAUGCCCACGAGGACGACGUGAAUGCGGUGGCGUUCGCCGACAGCUCGUCCCAGCUGCUCUUCUCUGGCAGUGACGACGCUUUGUGUAAGGUGUGGGACAGACGGACGCUGCGGGAGGACAGACCGCAGCCUGUCGGACAGCUGGCCGGCCACCGAGACGGCAUCACCUUCAUCCACAGCAAGGGGGAUGCACGCUAUCUGAUCAGCAACUCGAAGGACCAGUCCAUCAAGCUCUGGGAUGUCAGGAAGUUCUCACCCAAAGAGGGAUUGGCAGCUUCCCGCCUGGCUGUCACCCAACAAAACUGGGAUUACCGCUGGCAGCAGGUUCCCCAGAGAGCCCUGAAGAGACACAAGCUGACAGGCGACACCUCAGUGAUGACAUACCGGGGUCACGGGGUUCUGCACACCCUCAUCCGCUGCCGUUUCUCUCCAGAGUUCAGCACUGGCCAGAGGUUCAUCUACUCUGGCUGUUCCACCGGCAAAAUCAUCAUCUAUGAUGUGCUGACCGGAACGGUGGUGUCCAGACUGUCGGGCCAUGACGCUUGUGUGAGGGACGUCAGCUGGCACCCAUAUGAGGACAACAUCAUCAGCAGCUCUUGGGACGGAGCGGUGCGAAUGUGGGAGCACAGACAAACCCACCCUCUGGAGGAGGAGAGGGAGAGAGAGAGAGACUGACAAAAGCAGAAACGCAACAAGAGAAGAAGAGAUGAAGGAAACGAUGUGACGUCACCGCAGACGAGGCGACGCUCACCCAAACACAGGAAGGCAGUAAGCUCAGACGGACUGGGAGAGACUUAAAUAUUUUUAAAUUCAAUGCUGGAUAUUAAUGAUUACAAUUAUAGUGUGGCUGUGAAGUGUUCAUUUGAAAGGCCUCGUAGCCUUAAGUGCAGAUUAGAACACAGUGGGAACGUCACGGACUACUUCUGUAUUUCUUUUGUUUCUGCCUCACUGUCUUGCGCAGAAUAAACAGGCCAAAGCUUUUGGAUCGAGCCUGAAACACGUCACUUAAAACAUGCUGAAGCUCGAAGCGCUACGCACUGCACUCAAUGAGCUAUGAAACAUAAUGAUAAGUUAGUUCUUUAUUAGGGGGGACAUCGCAGGGAGGACGUGAUGAUGAUGAUGAUUUUGUAUAAAUGUAUAGUAUUUUAAUGGUAUGUGCAUUCAGGGAGUGUAUUAGGUAGUCGUCAGUGUGAUAAUUUGGCCUCAGUUUUGACUCUGCUGUUAUGAAUAGCAUGAGCGGUGUCCUUUUUUAGGGGCCGUCACAUUUUAAAUCCACAUUUAAGGAUUGAAUAUAUUCUAAUUAUAUUGAUUUCUAGUUGCCUGAAGUCACAAAUCCUAAAGCUGAUGAUCAUGUAACUUUCCUGAGUUCACCACCUGCUCACCCAUUUGAAUACAACAUCUUAGUGGCCAACUCACGAUGUUAAACUGAAUCCUCUUCUCAAUCCUGGAGGUGUAACUCUCUUGUUCAGACACAGCAGUAGUCUGAGGUCUUGUUCUUGAUUCUGGAUCAGCACUCAGUUCUGUAAACACAGGCGUUGAUUGAAAAAUACUGAUUUUUGUUGGCCAAUUUAAACACGUGUUUUGUGUAAAAGAUUUGAAAGUGUUUGAUCGUGUGUUCAAGUUAAAACUCGGUGACGAGGCUGGAGACGUGCGCAUGGUUUAGAAGUUCCACACUGAUCUGUAUAUGCAAUUUUCAGGUGUUUAUAUCAGAGCCCAUAUUUCACUCUCAGACCGUUGUUUUACAGGAAUAAUAAAACCUUUCUUUAAAUGUACCACAAA